AUGGAUUUCAUCAAGACCAGUUCCCUGCGUGCUCUGAUUGAGUUAACUUUCCAACGCAACUGGAAUGGCUUCAUUUGGAUGAGUAGAAAAGGAGUUAUAGCCAAAAGAGUGAAGGCUGCUCCAGACGGCCAUAUCGAGAAUCAGCGCCGAACGCGCAGUCCGGCUGGCCGAGGAACGAAUGUUCCGCGCUCGGCCAAAACCGUAUUCCGUCCGACUGAAGUCUCGGCCAAAGUCCAAACCACUCGGCCGAUCACACAGCACGACCCGGGAAACAUUGCCCGCGGUCGGCCAAGCAACGUCACGCCACACCGCGCACGACCACCGCGCGAGCCGGGAGUAACGCCUCGCGGCCGCGCAACUCACCUCGCGUACCGCGGCCGAAAGAAAGCCCACGUCCGGCCGAGAACCAUCGGCCAAAUUCCUAUCCGCCCGACCACGCCGGCCGACCGUCAUAACAUCCGGCCCCGACCGUUCCGACUCGACCAAGACCCGACUGUCCGACCGUCCGAACGCCGCGGUCGACCCGAAGCCGUUUUUGAAGCCCAAUCCGCACAAUUCAAGCCCAAAGCCGGCGCCGACCUAGCUAGAUUAGGUUUAGCCGCCUUUCAUACUUAG